AUGGCCACGCAAACACUAAUGGAAGAAAUAAUCUCACAAAUUAUUGAUACGUUCAGCGGAAGUCUUCGUGAGCUGAGUCUCAAGAUCCACCAAAACCCAGAGCUGUGCUACGGAGAGCACAUGGCCCACGAUGUAAUCUGCAACUACCUAGUAAAGUACUCUAGCCUAUGUGGUAUAACAGUAGUCCGCAAAGCAUACGGCCUCGAAACCUCCUUCCUUGCCGAAUACGUCAACGGAGACGGAGAAGUAGUCGACUUCUGCGCAGAAUACGACGCACUCCCAGAGAUAGGUCACGGAUGCGGCCACAACCUCAUCGCCAUCUCCUCCAUCGCCUCAUUCCUAGGUCUCGCUGCCGUGAUGGAGCGAACCGGAAUCCCAGGAAAAGUGCGUCUUCUAGGGACCCCCGCUGAAGAAGGCGGCGGUGGUAAAAUCAAGUUGAUCGAAGCGGGCGCCCUGAAGUACACAACCGCCUCGUUAAUGAGCCACCCAACACCCCAGUUCCCUCAUAUGCCUGCGGGCUCUGCAGGUGUGGCAUUCGGCUCCUGCUUAGCGGCGACUGGGCUCCUAGCUAACUUUACCGGGAAGCCUGCGCACGCGGCUCAAAUGCCCUGGGCGGGUGUGAAUGCUCUUGAUGCGGCAACGUUGGCAUACCAGGCUGUUGGUUUGCUAAGACAGCAUAUCAGGCCUAGUGAUCGCAUCAACAUUAUCAUUCCAGAGGGAGGGACGGCUCACAAUAUCAUUCCGGAUAAGGCGCAGGUUCGAGUAAAUGUCCGAUCUGAGACGUUGAAAGAGAUGAAUGCCCUGCGGGAGCGCGUUGAGAAUUGCAUGAAAGGAGCGGCGUUGGCUACGGGAUGUGCGGUUGACAUUGUUCCAGCAAUGGACCCCUACGCAGAUAUCCGACCCAACGAGAGCCUCUGUACAGAGUUUACCCGAUACAUGGGUUCCAAGGGUCUGGACUACUACUGCGAUCUACAAAAGAAGGAUAUCGGUGCAUUCAGCACAGAUAUGGGUAACAUAAGCUACCAAGUCCCCUCCUUCCACGGCCACUUCUUCAUCCCCACUCCCCCCGGAACAGCCAUGCACACCGAGGCGUUCCGCGAUGCAGCAAAGACGGAAGAAGCCCAUGAUAUCGCCAUGUCAGUGGGCAAGGGCAUGGCUGUGGCCGGACUCAAAGUCCUGACCGACAAAUGUUUCGCGGCCCAAAUGAAGGAUUACUUCGAGAAGGAUAAGAAAUUACGAUAG